AUGAAUGAAAGUGAAGUUACAUGUGAUGACCGAACAGUGAUAAAUCCUGAAAACCCAGCAACCACAACAACUAUUACACCGACAGAUCCCCCGAUACUAUCAUCUUGCCACAGAACAAGUCAUUUGUUUAAUGAAGAGUCUGGAGACCACAUGAAAAGCUACUGCAUAUUGAACGUUAACCGAAAUUAUCAUCAAACAGAACAAGCAUGCAAUGACAUUAACAUGAAUUUAUUCGUCAUCGAUGACUCGGCUCUUCAAUCUUCUUUCUUUAUUACAUUAACCAGUGAUCUUAUUGCUCAUCCUCGUGGCUUUGUGUGGAUAAAUGGACAAAGAAACCAGUCGGGUGUAUGGCUUUCAUCGAAUCCUCAAAGUGCUUUACUUUAUGAUGAAAUUGACUGGGUACAAACAGAUUCUUCCGUGAAGAAUUUCAGGAGAUUGUCUCAGAUAUACUCAACAGCAUGGGCCUUUUCAAGCAAUGGGCGUUGGCUGUAA